UGGAUUCCGGGUUCGCCGUCUGAAGUAUGGCGGCGUCGGAAGAGGUGACGUUUUUCGUUGUAAACAACAUUCCCGCUCUGUUCCGAUCCGCAGAGCUGAGGAACUAUUUCAGUCAGUUUAUCGAGACCAAAGGGUUCGCGUGUUUCCAUUACCGCCAUCGGCCGGAGCUUCGAGUGCAGAGCGCGGGGUUUACCGCGGUAAGUAGCGCAUCCAGCGGGCGGAGCUCGGAGGGGAAAGCCGCAGGCUCGUGUUGUUGUGUGGUAUCGGUUCGCUCUCGGGAAUCAGACAGAUUCGUGAAGAUGUACUCGGGGAACCACUGGAUCGACUCUAAAGGAAACUGGCUGAGAAGAAAGUGUUUGAUCCGGAGAGUCAGAGUAUCGGAGCAGGCCGAGCAUAAUUCAUUCCCGUACAAGACAAAGGCCGAGAUGAGACGACACGUCGCCCAAUCAGAGCAUUUCACGCUGUCGGACCUCAAGGGCCUGCCGGAGCUCAAUCCGCCCUCGCUCAUGCCAGCGGGGAACGUCGGCACGCCUGUGUGCGUUUUCCUGGAGCUCAUCCAGUCCUGCCGUCUGCCGCCGCGGCUCAUCCGCAAACUGGGGCUCACGUUUCCCAAGACGGGCUCGAGUCACCGCUACGGGAACGUGCCCUACCUGUAUCACAACACGGCCCUCGUGAGCCGCGCGGAGGAGAGCGUUUUCACCGCCGGAGGAGUCGAGAUCUCGGGGCCCGGCCGCCUGGACACGCCCACAAACUCACAGACAGUAGAUAAGGACACGCCCACAAACUCACAGAGAGUAGAUAAGGACACGCCCACAAACUCACAGAGAGUAGAUAAGGACAUGUCCACAAACUCACAGACAGUAGAUAAGGGCACGCCCACAAACUCACAGACAGUAGAUAAGGACACGCCCACAAACUCACAGAGAGUAGAUAAGGACACGCCCACAAACUCACAGAGAGUAGAUAAGGGCACGCCCACAAACUCACAGACAGUAGAUAAGGACACGCCCACAAACUCACAGAGAGUAGAUAAGGGCACGCCCACAAACUCACAGACAGUAGAUAAGGGCACGCCCACAAACUCACAGACAGUAGAUAAGGACACGCCCACAAACCCACAGACAAUAUAUAAGGUCACGCCCACAAACUCACAGACAAUAGAUAAGGACACGCCCACAAACUCACAGACAGUAGAUAAGGACACGCCCACAAACUCACAGAGAGUAUAUAAGGUCACGCCCACAAACUCACAGACAAUAGAUAAGGACACGCCCACAAACUCACAGACAGUAGAUAAGGACACGCCCACAAACUCACAGAGAGUAUAUAAGGACACGCCCACAAACUCACAGGCAGAUGAAGAGGACCCGCCCAGUUCUCCACUUGUCAAUCAAGAGUCACAGGAAGCAGGAAGUGAAGAGGAGCUGUCCGACCCUGAUGAUGACGAUGACCGCUGUGAGGAGUGGGAGCGUCACGAGGCCCUCCACGAGGACGUCACCAGUCAGGAGCGCACUAAAGAGAGGCUGUUUGAGGAGGAGAUCGAGCUCAAGUGGGAGAAGGGCGGAUCGGGCCUCGUCUUCUACACAGACGCUCAGUUCUGGCACGAGGAGGAGGAAGGAGAUUUCGACGAGCAAACAGCAGACGACUGGGACGUGGAUAUGAGCGUCUACUAUGACAAAGACGGAGGCGAUAUGGACGCCAGAGAUUAUGUGCGCAUGCGGUCUGAGAGGAGGCUGCGGGACGGUCUGGACGGUCUGCCGGGACGCCAGCAGAAAAUCGGCAGCUUUGAGCGCUUUACAAAGGGAGUGGGCCGGCGUGUGAUGGAGAAGCAGGGCUGGAGGGACGGAGAAGGGCUCGGGAACAGCCGGAUGGGAAUCCCAGAGGCGCUGGAGAACGAAGGCCAGCAUCCCAACUGUAAGAGAGGCUUCGGGUAUCAUGGAGAAAAGCUCAGCUCAUUCCUUCCACUUAAAAAACCCAGAAAAGACUUCCACAUCUCCACAGUUUAUGAUGAACCUAAAGACAUGGAUAAAGGCGAUGAAGUGCUGCGGCGUCAACCCAGCACCAGCAUGAAGUACCGCUGAUCACCAGUGAUGUUCACUAUUAAGACUGUCUGUUUAUGAUGUCUGUCUGCU